CUGACUUUCCCGGAAGUCCAGGUGGAAAAAACCAAAUCAGGUUUCAGAGGAGUAAAAACAAACUUUGUGGCGAUUUCCAGUUUAUUCCCAGUUCCUCCAGAGACUGCAGCUGCGAUUCCUGCAUAGACACUCGAGAACACAGAUAUAAAGAUGCUGUUCUUGUCCAUCCUCGGGCUGGUGGCCGUUUGGUACCUCUACCGUUGGUACAAAGAAAGCGAAAGAGUUUCCGACAAGGGGAAUAAGUAUGUGUACAUCACCGGCUGUGACUCCGGGUUCGGGAACACCCUGGCCAAAUAUCUGGACAAGCUUGGCUUCCGCGUGAUCGCAGGCUGCUACACGGAGAAUGGGGAGAUCGCGCUGAAGAAGGUUUCCUCCGAAAGACUGACGACGGUUUCCCUGGACGUCACAAAGUCGGACAGUGUCAAAAAAGUGGCAGAUUUCAUCAAGACUCAUGUUGGAGAGAAGGGUCUUUGGGCUGUUGUAAACAAUGCUGGAGUUGCCACACCAUCUGGUCCGACUGACUGGCUGACUAUCGAUGAUUACAAAUCCAUGCUGGCCGUCAAUCUUAUGGGAGUGAUUGACGUCACUCUGAGCGUUCUCCCUCUCAUCAAGAAGGCCAGGGGCAGAGUGGUAAACGUAGCCAGUGUGUUUGGCCGAAUCAGCCCGUUCGGGGGUCCUUACUGUGUCUCCAAAUAUGGAGUGGAGUCCUUUAAUGACAGCCUGAGGUUAAACAUGGCGCCGUUUGGAGUCAAAGUUCUGUGCAUUGAGCCAGGCUUCUUCAAAACUAGCGUGACUGACACAGUGAUGCUGCAGAACCACCUGAGGAAACUCUGGGAUAGAUUAUCUCAGGAUAUGAAGGAUGACUAUGGGCAAGCUUUCUUGGAGACCACUCUCCAAGAGUUGGAUCAAAGGUUCCAGCAGUUCAGAGACGGGGACCUGAUGAAGGUGGUCCACUGCAUGGAGCACGCCAUCGCUGCCGUCUAUCCUCGCUCCCGCUACUCCCCAGGAUGGGACGCCAAAUUCCUCUGGCUGCCCAUGUCCUACAUGCCAACAUGGAUAGCAGAUCGAUUUUUCCUUCAAUAUAGUCCCAAACCUAAAAUCUCUGUGCUGUAGUUUCUGACAUAAUGUGAUUUGAGAAGCACCCUUUAAAAUACCAUGUUUUGUGUUUUAUUUUUCAGAAGAAUAAAUGUUAUUCAACUACAAGCGUGUCAUCUUUACACGUCUGUCAGUGGUGUGCAUGUAGAAUUUUAUCAACAUCCUUUACAUCUCAAAUCCUGUGAUAUCGGUCGUCUCCUACUUGGAACAAUACAUUGUUUGUAAGAACUUUGCAUUUAGAAUAAUACUGCAUUUGUCUUAAAGAGCAAACGCAAACAACAGUGCUGCUGUGUAACUUCUGCUCUUAGAGUCGAUUUGAGGGUAAAGGGAAUGCAGUUAUCAAAACUGGGAGUCAUGUUAUCCUGUUUUGUCUCUUACACAAGCCUAUGCUGGUGAACCAUUUACCACUUCUAUAUCAAUUAUGGACCUUGACUCUAGAUAGUGCAAAACUUCAUCUGCAGUUUCGAGUUUUGCACUACUUGCAUUACUUUGUUCAGUUGAAGGUGAGAAGCGGCUACUUCUGAAGAGCUGUAACCAUGGUAUGUUUACAUGAUUAUGAUGUUCUAUGGUGCUUGAGUUGGAAUUUAUCCACUGUGAUGAUCAUUACAACUUAUUUAGAGGUUAAAUGUAGGAUUUUUUUAACUUAUAACAUUUUUGUACCGAAAACAAAACUGCUGCCCUCUGGUGGAAAAUGAAUGUAGUUGCAUGAAGCUUUGACUGUUUAUUGUAUUA